AAAGCAGCUACCUCGCCUGCAGGUGAGCAGUGGUGUGUGAGAGCCAGUGUCCCUCUGCCUGCCUACUCAGUGGCAGCUCCCUGGAGCUUUUCAGUCCCUUCUGGAGCCUCAGCAGAUCCCUCUUUCAGAACUCGCUGCCAAGAGCCCUGAACAGGAGCCACCAUGCAGUGCUUCGGCUUCCUUAAGACCAUGAUGUUCCUCUUCAAUUUGAUCAUCUUUCUGUGUGGCGUAGCCCUGUUGGCAGUGGGCAUCUGGGUGUCAGUCGAUGGGCCAUCCUUCCUGAAGAUCUUCGGGCCGCUGUCGUCCAGUGCCUUCCAGUUCGUCAACGUGGGCUACUUUCUCAUCGCGGCUGGUGCUGUGCUCUUUGCUCUUGGUUUCCUGGGCUGCUACGGUGCUCACGCUGAGAACAAGUGUGCCCUCAUGAUGUUCUUCAUCAUCCUCCUCAUCAUCUUCAUUGCUGAGGUUGCAGCUGCUGUGGUCGCCUUGGUGUACACCACACUGGCUGAGCAGUUCCUGAAGUUGCUCAUCGUGCCUGUCAUCAAGAGCGACUAUGGUUCCCAGUCAGACUUCACUCAAGUGUGGAACUCCACCAUGAAAGGGCUCAACUGCUGUGGCUUCAACAACUACACUGAUUUUGAGGGCUCACCCUACUACAGCGCGAACAACAACACCUUUCCCGCAUACUGUUGUACUGACAAUGUCUACGCAAACGACACAGCCAAAGAAAUCUGCACCAGCCAAAAGGCCCAGAGCUCAGCUGUAGAGGGGUGCUUCGAUCAGCUUCUGGAGGACAUCCGAACCAAUGCAGCCACCGUGGGUGGUGUGGCAGCUGGAAUUGCAGCCCUAGAGCUGGCUGCCAUGAUUGUGUCAAUGUAUGUGUACUCCAAUGUGAAAUAAGACUGCUUCUGCCUCUGCCACUACUGCUGCACAUGGGAACUGGGAAGAGGUACCCUGGAACAGCCAAGAAGCAGUGACCAGAGGGGGGACAGGAUCUAACAGUGUCAACUGGGCCAGAGUGGGCCUGCCUUUUCUGCCGUAGACUUGGAGCUAAAUAGGGACCACACCUUCUAGGCUGUGCCUGACUUUUCCUUCCAUUGGUAGGGCUGGGGCCCACCUGUUCCAGAGCCUCUAAGUAGCCAGUUCUCCUGUCCCUUCCCCCAGUCUCUUCUUUAAACCCUUGGCAUCCCCUUAGGCCAAGGAGGGCUCUUGGUGAUCCCAGUCAGUACUCUACUGGGGGAUGAGUCAAGGCACCUUAUAGCCUGGACAUAUGUGAAAUCAGCAGAGCCACCAGGCAGUUGUGCAGAAGGCACUUCAGAACCCAUAAACCAAUUGAAAUGUU